CUACACCUGCCCGGCCUUUGCUGCCUCCCAAUUCCCUCUUCUUCAUCUUCAGAUCCCCCCCCCCAGCUGCUCAUCCAUCCACCAUCUUAUCUACCCGCCUCCUCGCCCAUCCAUCCACCUACCUACCCACAUCUUCCCCUUCCUCCUCUCCCUCCGCAGUUCCACCCGGGUCCCACUGGUCCCCAUCAUCCCGCACUCGCUCUUCUCUCUUGCUUUCCUUCUUCCAUCCUUUCUUUCUACUACACACAGACGGACUCGUCUACCCCGCUUCCCUCCCUUCUCUUCUUCUUCUCCCUUGACCUCCACCGUCUGUCUUCCUACCCUCCAAGACAACACCAAGAAGAAAUCGAGGCCAAAAAAAGACAAACGCAAAACUGCCCUUUGAGGGAUCCUUCCCGCUGCAUCUACCGAAAAAUUUGUCUUGAAGGAAUUGAUCAAACGGUGCAUCCUCCCCGCCUCAUUGGCCGCACCCCUCGUCCCCUGCCCACGGACCUUGCCCAUCAUCCAGAACCGGAACCAACCACUGCAUCGACGUUUCCACCAUCCUUCGUCUCCAUUUCGGGAUAGACGAUAGACGACCCAAUUCAUUAUAUUGGGCUCGUCUUGCUAGUCGCUGGCCGCACCGCUGCCCCACGCCCAACAUUACCUGCUGCCACUCCUCCCGUGGCCCGCCGUGCCUGCCAUUUCCAACACCACCACGCUCGCUAGCAUCCGUCCCCUCUUUGCCCCAGCAGCCCUCCACCCAGUGAGUGCAGCCGCAACCUUUCGUUGCUCCUGCACCUCCUGCACCUUCACCCUCCCACCAUCAUGGCGAGCUUAUAUACCACCAUCAACCCUGCCGAUCUCCACAACCCCAACGCUCACCUUGCCGACCAAUUCCCAGAUGAUGCUGCCGAUGCAUCUUCGGAGAGCUUCUUCGCGGCCCCGGACCCCAUCAUCCACGCCCGCGAUUCGGCCAUAGAUCUCUCCCCCCACUGGCACGACACCGUCAAGAUGGAGCCGGUCGACGCCGCCGAUUUCUUCGAUUUUACCAACUAUCAACAAUCCCCCAUCGUCACCACCCCCGACUCCCAACCCUUUUUCGGCUCAAUCAGUUCGCCCGGCGACUAUUCUCACGAUCCCAGCAGUUCAAACUCCCCCGAAACCUCGAGCGAGGCUCUCUUCGUCACAAAGGAAGAGUCGUCACCCAACGAUGCUUGGGACAUCGACUUGUCCAACCCCGACGCCAUCGUCAUUCCUCAAUCCCACGAACCCUCGGUCGAGGUCUACUUGAAGGGUGACAAGUCCAAGACUCGCGCCGAAACUCAAAUCAAGAUGGAGCUGCUCAUGACUCCGUCGACGUACGAGCACAUCCGGUUUCCUCCCCAAACGCUGGCCAAACCAAAGCAGCACGCCACCCCCCAAGACAGAGAAGAUGCCGAGUCCAAAGGCCGUAUAGUGGAAAUGCAGGUCAAUCUCGUCUGCGCUACUGCUGUUGAAGAGCCCGAAGACCGCGCAAGAGCUCUCCGGCGUGCUGCUGGCCAAGAGCGCAUGCCGAGGAGACCCGCCCACGUCCAGCUUGGUGAGCUGGACAAGGACGACGAGCGACACCCUCAGAAUGGCGGCGAGGUCGUCAUCUGCGAAGGAUGCAAAGAGCGCGAGCGCAAGCGCUACGAUCGCAAGAAGAAGAAGACUACCGAUGAGGAUGGCUUUCUCAAAUACGAGAACGACCGUGUCAUUAUGAUCAACGAGAAGGAAUACAAACGGUUCAAGGAACCCGUGGACCCGAAAUCCUCCAUGCCCGGAGCCAAGCAGGUCGAUUUCGCUAUGCGCAUCGCUUGCUAUUGUCGCCACCAGGAAGACAAGUCUCCCCAAGGCUAUCGCGUCAUCUUCACCUUUCGGGAUAGCCAGUCAGGUAAUAUGGUUGCGCAACACCUGUCCGAUGUCUUCCAUAUUACCGACGAUCACAAGAACAAGGAGCCCGAGAUGCAACCCCGCGCACUCAACAUUCCCGCCCAGCCAUAUGUACCACAACAGUACACCCAACCACACCCGCAAAACAUUUGCAUUCCCGUAUACAACAGCAUCAACACUCCAAAUCCAACCAUCAACACCAACAUAAAUACAAAUAUCAAUACCAACAUGAGCUUUGGGAGCCCGGAAAACCAGUACGCCACCAAUAUGGGCCACUAUUCCCAGCCUUCGACGCCAAUCGUGCCCCAAUUCGCCAACCCAAUAUCGCCUAUGGAGAGUACGUAUCAGCAGACACCGGCUCAUAUGCCCGUCGGCAUUCCGCAGCCUCAUCGCCAAGUUGCAACUCAAUUUUCCUCCCCACCAUCCUCAGCGUCCGCUGCAACUUUUGCAAGGCAUCAACGCGGUCCGAGUUCCUUUGACGCCCCCAUGAUCAGCCCCACGAAUCCGCGCAUGAGCAUGGACUCUCAACUCCCGCGUCCGCAGUCCAUUGACAAUUUCGCAUUCUCCUUCUCCUCCGACGUUGCUCAAUUCCCUCAGCAUAACAACUACUAUGCUUCCGCACCGCAAUCUACUGUUACGACUCCUUUGAACCUUUCUAGGCCGGCUUCUCCAACUUGGGAGCAAGGUCCGACAAAGAAGGGCAAGCAGUAUCGCUGCGUAUACUUUUAUGUUGAAGAUCCCGAAUGA